AUGUCCUCGACUUCAAGAAACGAUCCCAUCUUGAUUGUUGGUGCUGGCGCCUUUGGGCUGUCUACAACUGUGCACCUGUUAAGGGCUGGCUUCAAGGACAUCACCGUCAUCGACAAGGAUGAUGAUGUCCCCUCAGCGUACUCGGCCGCUAACGAUCUGAACAAGAUUGUGCGUGCUGAGUAUGAGGAUGAUUUCCAUAGGGAAUUGACACUGAAAGCUAUCGACGCCUGGAAGACGCCUUUAUUCGCGCCUCAUUUUCACCAGGUCGGCUUUAUAAACGCCUGCACACCCGUAGCGUCCAAGGAGGCCGUCAACACCAUGAACCGCUUCCGCGCCUCCGCUGAGCGAUCUGAGCGAAUGAGGCACUAUGUAAAGUCGAUCGACUCCAAGAAGGACCUCGAAGCUGUAUGCUGGCAAUAUCAAAAUUCGCCAUUUCCCGGUUGGCACGGGUACUUCAACGGAUGGAGCGGCUACGCCAACUCUGGCGCUGCUCUGCGGACCGUCUACAACGCUGCCAAGGUCCAGGGCGUCAAGUUCAUCCUCGGAAGCGCUGGUACUGCAUCUGAGGUCGUUUACCAGGGCUCCGGAUCUCAACGCAAGGCCAUCGGUGUGAGGACCCCGGGUGGUCUCUUCUACCCUGCGAAGCUAGUGAUUAUCGCUGCCGGCGCGGCUGCCGGCAAGCUCGUUCCGGACAUCGGCAGUGAUCUCGUAGCCAAGUCAUGGUCCGUUGCCCACAUCGAACUAACGGACGACGAGACCGCCGAGCUCCGCGGCAUACCUGUUACAUAUGCCCGUGAUCUGGGUUUCUUUUUCGAGCCUGACCCGAAGACCAACCUACUGAAGCUGUGCCCUAUGGGUGGUGGCUACGUUAACACCGACUCUAGGACGGGUAUCUCUAUCCCACCUGCGUUCAAGGACAGCCAAUUCCUUCCCAAGGGCGACGAAUUGCAGCUUCGCGAGUUACUGAGGCAAACCUUCCCCAGGUUUGCGGAUCGUCCCUUCGUCAGGAACUCCUUGUGCUGGUUUGCCGACACCGCCGACUCCAACUUCAUCAUCGACUACGUUCCUAACACUUCCUCGUCUUUGGUCAUGCUCAGUGGUGACUCUGGCCAUGGUUUCAAGUUCUUCCCCAUUUUCGGCAGUUUCGUCAAGGAUCUGAUAGAUAACGAGAGCGGGAAGCAGACCAUCGAGCAAUGGAGGUGGAAGGCUGGGGAGCAGAAGAGCGGCAACUGGGGUGAGGAGGUUAGCUGGAGGUUGGGCAAGAGCAGGGAGUUCAUUGAUAUCCUACCUAAUGUAGAAGCUAAGCUGUAG